UGCCGGUGGCUUUCGGGGGGCGCUGACCGAGAGUCCGUCUUCCGGGGCGGGGGCGGCGGGGAUUGCCGGCCUUGGCGUGAUUCGAGGGGAAGGUCGGCCGGAGAGCCGUCCCUGGGGCGAGCUGUGGGGACAGCGGUGGCGGCGGCAGCGGCAGCACUAGUGGAGCCGGGCGCGCAGCGGGCGCCUGUCCUUGGGGGGUAAAAUGUCAGCAGACCUACCACUAGAUAUCAACAUCAAAGAGCCUCGCUGGGAUCAAAGUACAUUUAUCGGACGAGCAAGCCAUUUCUUCACUGUAACUGACCCUAGGAAUAUCUUGUUAUCCAACGAACAAUUAGAAAAAGCAAGAAAGAUUGUGCAUGAUUACAGGCAAGGCAUUGUGGCUUCUGAACUAACUGAAGAUGAACUCUGGAGGGCAAAAUAUAUCUAUGAUUCAGCCUUCCAUCCAGAUACGGGUGAAAAAAUGGUUUUGAUUGGCCGCAUGUCUGCUCAGGUGCCUAUGAAUAUGGCUAUUACAGGCUGCAUGAUGACUUUUUAUAGAACAACUCCAGCCGUGGUCUUCUGGCAGUGGAUUAACCAGUCAUUCAAUGCCAUUGUAAACUAUACCAACAGGAGUGGAGAUGCCCCAAUUACUGUCAGCCAGCUGGGAGCAGCCUAUGUUUCUGCUACCACAGGUGCCGUUGCAACUGCUCUAGGACUGAAUGCACUAACAAAGCACGUGUCACCUCUUAUAGGACGUUUUGUCCCUUUUGCUGCGGUUGCUGCUGCUAACUGCAUUAAUAUCCCAUUAAUGAGGCAAAGGGAACUAAAGUAUGGUAUUCCUGUUACAGACGAAAAUGGAAACCGAUUAGGUGAAUCUACCAAAGCUGCUCAACAGGCCAUUGUGCAGGUGGUUGUCUCAAGAAUUCUUAUGGCUUCUCCAGGCAUGGGUAUUCCCCCUUUCAUAAUGAAUUCUUUGGAAAAGAAGGCAUUUUUAAAGAGGUUCCCAUGGAUGAGCGCCCCCAUUCAAGUAGGCUUAGUUGGCUUCUGUUUGGUGUUUGCAACGCCUCUGUGCUGCGCAUUGUUUCCACAAAAAAGUUCCAUGUCUGUAACACAUCUGGAGCCAGAAUUACAAGCCAAGAUUCAAGAGAUCAACCCUGAAUUAGACCACGUGUAUUUUAACAAAGGAUUGUGAGUUUGUAAAAGACAGUACAUCUAGCAAUGAUGAUUGGGUCGACCUUAUUUGAUCAUGAAAACUCUCAUAAAGACAAUCCAGUUCUGAUAUGUUC